AUGGACAACAGUAAUUGUAAAGUUAACGCUCCUCUCCUAAGUCAAAGAUACCGGAGGAUGGUCACAAAAGACGGCCACAGCACACUCCAAAUGGAGGGUGCUCAAAGAGGUCUUGCGUAUCUGCGGGAUGCGUGGGGAAUCCUGAUGGACAUGCGCUGGCGCUGGAUGAUGCUGGUCUUUUCUGCUUCUUUUGUUGUCCACUGGCUUGUCUUUGCAGUACUCUGGUAUGUUCUAGCUGAGAUGAAUGGUGAUCUGGAAAUAGAUCACGAUGCCCCACCUGAAAACCACACUAUCUGUGUGAAGUACAUCACCAGUUUCACAGCUGCAUUCUCCUUCUCCCUGGAGACGCAACUUACAAUUGGUUAUGGUACCAUGUUCCCCAGUGGUGACUGUCCAAGUGCAAUCGCCUUACUUGCCAUACAAAUGCUCCUAGGCCUCAUGCUAGAGGCUUUUAUCACAGGUGCCUUUGUGGCGAAGAUUGCACGGCCAAAAAAUAGAGCUUUCUCAAUUCGCUUCACUGACUUAGCAGUAGUAGCUCACAAAGAUGGCAAGCCUAAUCUUAUGUUCCAAGUGGCCAACACCCGGCCCAGCCCUCUAACCAGUGUUCGGGUCUCAGCUGUACUCUAUCAGGAAAGAGAAAAUGGUGAACUCUACCAGACCAGUGUGGACUUCCACCUUGAUGGGAUCAGUUCUGAGGAAUGCCCAUUCUUCAUCUUCCCGCUAACCUACUACCAUACCAUCAUACCAUCAAGUCCUCUAGCUACCCUGCUCCAGCAUGAGAACCUUCCACACUUUGAAUUGGUUGUGUUCCUCUCAGCAAUGCAAGAAGGCACUGGAGAAAUCUGCCAAAGGAGGACAUCCUACCUACCCUCCGAGAUCAUGUUACAUCACCACUUUGCAGCUCUGAUAACUCGAGGUUCCAAAGGUGAGUAUCAAGUCAAGAUGGAGAAUUUUGACAAGACUGUUCCUGAACAUCCAACUCCUGUGGUCUCUAAGAGUCCACACAGGACUGGCCUAGAUAUUCAUAUCAAUGGACAAAGCAUUGACAAUUUUCAGAUCUCUGAAACAGGGCUGACAGAAUAA